UGCUCGUUCGCAGCCUCGGCGCGUUCGGGCGGCUGCACUCGGCGAUUCGCCAAGUGCAUAGUUCGCAGAUCGUUGUUUUCUGUGAGCGAGUGCUGAGCGUUCGCGGAGAUUUUGUCUCUGCGAGCAACUCCAGAACUCGCAAAGCAUUGGUCUUUGCGAGGGACUCCUAAAUUCGCAGAACAUUGGUUUCUGUGAGGGAGUCCUGUACUCGCAGAACAUUGGUCUUUGCAAGGGAAUCCAGAAUUCAGUUUGAAGUUUUGUUGAGGCCUUGUCGCUCAUCUGCGACAUCCUCCCUUCAGAAUGGCGUCUGGAUUCUCGGGAAGGAUACCGAAAUUUCCUAAUUUGUUCAGGGACAGACUGCAGCCUAAUACUGUAAAUCCUGCCAAGUUUCAGAGGGAUCAGUAUAAAAAGAUGAGGAAGGAGGCCGGCAUUGACUGGGAUUAUCUGCCCAAUAGGCGCUCAUUUCUAGACCUGGGUGACCCUGAUCAACAGCUGCCACCAGAACCCCCGAAAAAGAGCUUGUUUCAGGUUUCUCCAACAGAGAUGGUAUUUCAGAACUUCGUCGCUCAUGAGGUCUCUGAAAUGGUACUCUCGAUCAUGAAUAAGGACAAGAUUGCUCGGAUGGUGAAGGUCUGCAUGGAGAGCUCGCCUUAUUUCCAGCUGGCAUGCCCCAGUGAUGUGUACCACGUCGUGCCACCAGGCGCCUCUGCCCAUGUGCGCAUCCGCUUCACCCCCGAGGAGAACAAGGAUUAUUCCCACGAGCUCGUCUGCAAGACUGCAAAGGAAAAUAUAGUUGUGCCAAUUCGGGCCAUUUGUGCCCGAGCUGUCCUGGUCUUCCCUGACCAGCUGGACUUCUCCACGUGUCCAGUCAAUCACAGCACCCAGAAGACUCUGCUGGUUCGCAACGUUGGUAACCUGGAAGCUCAUUACCAGCUGAGCACCCAGAGUCCUUUCUCCGUGGUUCCAGCCACAGGAACUCUGGGCGCUGGUGACACCAUGGAGGUGACAGUGGGAUUUCACCCGCUGACAAACGAUGACUAUGCCGGGUCCCUGUGCUGCAACACAGGUGAAGAAAUUAUCCACACAAAGCUCUAUGGAGAAGCUGUAGAUGUCAAUGUUGUGUUGAGCACAAAUUCCGUGAAGUUUGACAAGACUUUCAUCACCAUGUCAAACCAGACAACCAUGUACAUCGAAAACAGGAGUAACAUCACAGCCCACUUCCAGUGGAAGGCUUUUCCUGCUGAGGAAGAUGACAAUGAAGAGAAAAAGAGGCAGUGUCGUUUGCUGCAGCCAUCGAGUGAGGUGUGGCUGGAAAACUUCAUGGAGGAGAAAGAAAUAGAGAAGGAGAAGGGCUUUUGUGAAGAUCACACUGCCCUCCUGAGCAGCAUGGUCCAGGAGAAAAUGGCAAAGGUGCAAGAAGACCCCUUGCUGUUCUCCAAUGACUUUUUUUUCAUUGAGCCAAUGGAGGGAGAAGUCAGGCCGAAUUGUUCGGCUAAAAUCAAGGUGACCUUCAAACCCCUGGAAGCAGUGGAGUAUCAAAGUGUGGCUUAUUGCAGCAUCUCAGGCCGUGAGAGCAGGCCGCCCCUGUACCUCAGAGGGGAAGGCCAAGGACCCUUGGUUGGACUCAGCUCUGAUACGCUGAGCCUUGGCUACCUUUUUAUCGACACCUUCUACGUCUAUGAGGUGAAACUGAUUAACCAAGGAGCUCUUGAUGCUCCCUUCACCUAUAUCCCUUCAACCACAAACGUGGAUUUCUCCUUCAAGUUUGCACCUGAGGAGGGCAUCAUUGCACCAGGGGGGACCCAGACUAUUCAGGUCUCCUUCAAAACCACCAUGUUGGGGUGGUUUCAGGAAGAAUUCCGCUUCAGUGUGGCUGAAUCUCCUACGCCUGUGAUCCUGACCAUCAGGGGCUGUGUCACUGGACCGAGGUUACACUUUGACGUCCCUGAGCUCGACUUCGGGGACAUCUCCUUUGGCUUUCCCUACACCAAGAGCUGUCGCCUCACUAACAACUCCGUGGUGCCCGUGACGUUCAAGCUCCGCGUGUUGGACGAUGGCGCGCAGCCAGCUGUUAGCAGCUUUGAUCAGAUACGCAGCGACAGUGACCCAUCCUGGAGGAAUGGAAUUGAUUUUUGUCUGCAGCCAAGGGAGUUUACAAUGAAUCCCAGCCAAGGGACCAUCCUCCCCCAGGGACACCAGGAUAUCAAGGUGACCCUGUGUUCCAACACCGUGACGACUUUCUGCCGGAGAAUGCUGGUGGACCUGGAGGGCAUUGCUGAGGGAGUGACAUCACUGAUCCUCAGAGCCAGAUGUCUCGUUCCUGAGCUGCGAGUGUACCCCCGAGUCCUGCAGUACAAGGAGUGCUACCUGAAGGUGCCAUACGAGAGGAGUCUCUACGUUUCGAAUCCCACCAACAUUCCUGGCUGCUACGGGCUUAUUCCCCAGGAACGCAAGGAGGACACUCCUGUGCUCUACUCCAGCCCCAAGCCCUGUGGGAUUGUCCAGCCUCGCAGCACUGCAGAGAUUCCAGUUGUAGUUGAAGUGCAGGCGCUGGGCACGCAUCACACCAGUGUUGUCAUCGGCGUGUUCGGGGAUGAGAGAAAUCCUCUGAGAGCAGAAUUACAGAGCUCUGGACUGCUGGAAAAAAUCUACCCAUCUCCAUGUCUGAUAAAGUUUGGCACGAUCCAAGCUCUACAGCCUACUUCACAAAGCUUUACUCUCUUCAACAAAGGUCUCAUCCCUGCAGACUUCAGGAUAGAGAUUACUGAAAAACCCCACUGCUUUGUUAUUGAACCCAGAGAAGGAGUGAUCCCCGCUAGGGGUGAGGUUCCUGUGACUAUCACAGCAACCCUGGAUGACACUGGGCUUUUUUGUUACUCUAUCAAGCUGUUCAUUGGGAACAGCCUUUGGACCACCUUCUUGCUCGAGGCCUUGAGCAUUGGCACCACAAUUGUCAUAGACAAACCAUUCACCCCAGAGAUCAACUUCGGAUACCAAUUCAGCUUCCUUCCCUGUGUUCGUCGGUUCAAAGUAACAAACCGGGGCUGCCGUUUCCAUCGGCUCUUCUGGAAAGCAGACUGCUGCAGCCCACCUGAGGAGGAGGCCCAGAGUGUCUCAGCCCUCAGUAGCCCCAAGGAUGAUUCCCAGAGCCCCAAACGUGCCAACCCUGCGUUUGGGGUGGAGCCAUGGUCGAUGGAGCUGCAGCCAGGCCAGUCUGUGGACAUGGUGCUGCGAGGCUUCUCCCGCAUCGCACAGGAGGUGCAGGAUGCUGUGUUCUGUGAAGCGAUGAUUGGGUUAGACCCCAAGCCAAAGAAGAUUAUAGAAACAAUCGUUACCUGCGAGUUUAUUCACCCCUCUAUAGAAGUGUCAGCCAGACAAUUCUCUUUCCGCGUGGAGAAGAAACCCAGUGAUGUCCUGAGGCUGCAGUACCAGCCUCUGUCUUUAAAAAACACCUGCCUGCUGCCACUGGACCUUAUGCUGGACUUGGAGCAGCCGUUCCUGGUCUGUGAUAAGGACCAGCAGCCCCUCCCAGAUGGCCAGCCUCUGAGAUUGGAUGUAGGGGAGACCUGUCAUCUCUACGUCGCAUUUGACCCAGCUUUUGGACUGGAUUUGAAGAGCUGGAAGAAAGAGAAGGUUCUGAAGAUAGACAUGGUCAGGGGCCAUCCUUUUGUGGAGCAUAUCACCCUUCGGGGAGAAGUGCACUUCCCAAAUCUCCAAAUCCAGCCCAGCACCCUGGACUUUGGCUGCAUCCUGGCUGGCACUGAAGAAGUGCGUUCUCUGAAGAUGACCAACUGCAGCCCACUUCCCGUCCAGUACCACUGGUCAUUCCAUUCCAGCAGCCAGGUGAACAGGUUGAGAGAUGAGCUUUACCCACCUAAAUUCAAACCCCAGCCUCCAAGGGGGAAGAUAACCUGUUUGGAUCGCCGGGCAUCUCAAUGGAGACACUUCAGGAUUAGAAAGGAGGAGGGAGCCAGCACCUUGAAAGAAGUGCAGGAUUUAAACCAAUCUUUAGGAGUAGAGGUGCCACCUCAAACUCCUGAACACCUUCGAAUCCCACUAGGGUUGGAGGAAUUCAGAUGCUCCAUAGACUUCCCUUACACGCCCCUCGAAGCAGAGAAGGCUUUCAGGAUCGUGCCACUGUCAGGUGUGCUGCAGCCAGGAGAGAGCCAGCAGGUCUCCGUCACCUUCUGUGGCCACCUCAACACCAUCUGCAAUGUCACGGUGCUGUGCCACGUGGAGGGAGGCCCCAGCUACAAGGUGGUGCUGACCGGGGAGGCCUCACGUGUCAGCUACUCCCUGAGGCCCCGGGAGAUCAGCUGUGGCUCUCAGAUGUUUAACGAAAUUCAUCACAGCAAUGUCACCCUGGCAAACAGUGGCAAGAUUGAAUUCAGCUGGGUGCUAAACCCUAGCCCUGCAGACAAGCAUUUGCCUGGUGUGUUUCUGGUCAAGCCCACCACUGGCUCCAUUGCACCUGGCAAGAAGCAAGUGCUGAAAUUCUCUUACAUGCCGGGAUUACCAGGAGCCUUCAGCAGGACUUACCAGCUUAAAGUGGGUGACCUGGACCCAGAAAAUAUCUGCCUGAAAGGAGAAGCAUCCUUUCCCAUGAUCAGUGUCAACCUGCCCUGGAACAUCAAAGGAAAUGAAAAAUAUGAGAAGACACUGAAACGGCUCAUAAAACGCCGGCAACUAUACACUCCAGGAUAUAAAUCAGUUGUUCAGAAGAAGACACAGAGCCCAAAGAGCGAGACCUUGAAGUCUCAGACCCCGACAAUUCAGACCUUGAAUAUUCAGAAUGCGAAGACUCAGGACCUGAAGCCCCACAUCUCUCAUUCUGGCAUUGUAUUAAACACUCAGAUGCAGAUAAAGAUGAUGAACAUGCUGAUAGAGAGGACUUUUCUAGAGCUGCAGCAAAUUCUUCCAUCCCAUCCCCCAAAGAGCAGGUUCCCUGACAAGGAGCUGUGCCAGAGUCUUGUCAAAGUUGAGCUGCUGGAGUAUGUCCUGGACAUGGGCCCUGUCCUUAAGGGUUACACUGAGACACACACUCUGAAGAUCACCAACCCUGGGCAGAUCCCAGUGUCCUUCCAGGCCAAUGGAUCUGUCCUGCAGGACACAGGUUUCAGUGUGGACCUGGACCAGAAGAAUGGCCUCCCCCCCAAGCACACCAUGGCGUUUGACGUGCGCUUUGAAAGUGCCCACAGGCCACAGGGUGACGUGGAAGUGGUGCUGCCCAUCGAGGUGACACAAGGCCCCACAUAUAACAUCCGUCUCCGUGCCACUGUGUUGGAACUGUCACUCAACCUCUCCAAGAACAGACUGCAGUUCUCUGACAUCCUCGUUGGGCAGUGCCAGGUUGAGACCAUCCGACUCUACAACCAGUUCCGAGUACCCUGCAAAUGGUUCAUUACUGCCAGCAAGCCUGUUCUGAAGAAAAAUCACCUCCAAUACAUGACACCAGCCAUACGUGAGAAGCGGCAGACGCUGGAGGAUGAGCCCUGUCCCUUUGAAGUGACGCCCUCCAAAGGAACCCUUGAUCCAGGAAAGUGGCAGAACUUGCACAUCCAGUUUACACCCAAGGAGGAGAGGUCUUACAACAAUGAGCUGGAGCUUAACAUUCAUGGGAGCAGCAGCCACUUGAAGCUGCGCCUCUCAGGACAAGGUCUGCAGCCACGGUUGGAGUUCAGCCCCCCAGCAGUAAAGAUGGGAUGGAUGCUGGUGGACAGUGAUGGGGUGGAGGCCACAGUGGUGGUGAAGAAUCCAUGCAACUUCCCCACUGAGUUUUACUCACUGGAUUUUGAUGAGCAGUACCUUGAGGAGGAGAAGAUCCUACGGAUGGCAGUGGGGUCUGAGUACCAAAAGAGCUUUUUUAUGCCUCCACGUGCCGUGGGUGAGACGCUGCCCCCAGAGGUGCUGGAGGACUAUGAAGCACAGAAGAGGCCAGAGGCUCAACAGGAAAAGCUCGAGGCCAUGGCAGAAACCAAGGCCAGGGCUGAGGCCAAGGCCAAGGCCAAGGCCAUGGGCAAGGCAGCAGCAGCAUACAGGACUGUCACAUUCUGUCCUGAGUCCUUGGUGAAAAUGACUGGGAAUCCUAUCUCUCGGGCUGUCAUGCGCCACCUGGGCAUUGACCCAUCUUCAGGGAGGUGUGAAGCGCAGCAGCACCGAGGGAUUGUUGUCAUUGUCCAUGGGCCACCCCGGGCAGGAAAGACAGAGAUAGCAGCAGGCCUGUGUCAGUAUUACGACGCUGCUUAUGUGUCCAUUGGCACUGUGGUGGAAGAGGCCAUGGCCAACGACCAGAGCCCAGCAGGGCUCUGUGCCCGGGAGCUCUGCACCAAGGCUGCCAAGGAGCUGAAAGACAAAGAUGAAGGUGAUGCUGGUAAAAACCCUCAGACCAAGAAUAAACGAGCCUCUGGGGAAAAAGUCGACAAGAAGGAUGCCAAAGACAAGACCCCUCCAGCACAAAAGAAGAGGGAUCUAGCCAGCAAACUCGACAAAAAGGACACCAAGUUCACAGUUUCCACUGCUCCUGCACCGCAGCAGCUGAACAUCAUCAGCAGUAGUGGGAAAGAGCUGAACUGCUUGAGCUGUGUGCUGCCCGAGGACCUGCUGGUGGACAUCCUGAGUGAGAGGCUGAAGCGUAAAGACUGCUCCAAGGGAGUGAUCUUUGAUGGCUUGGAGAGCCUCUUUGCAGGCAGCCUGGAAUCUUCUCUGCUCUGCAUACUCAAAGCUGUCAAGAAUUGUCAUCAUAUCUACAUGGUGAACCUGUAUGAGGAUUAUGCUUCUUGGAAAGCCAGGGGCGAAGCUGAAAGAAAGAGGAAGGAAGCUGAAAGAGAGAAGGAAGAGCUGCAGUGGGAAAAAGCUGUGCACAAGAUUGCAGAACGUGUCUUGCAAGUAGAUGAGGAAGAGUAUAAUGCCCUUCCUAAAGAGAAGAAAGCAGAAGUGGAUAAAAUAAUACUGGAAAAGAAGCGCAUAUGGAGGAAGAGGGAGCUGAAGCAGCUGGCUCAAAAGCUUGAGGAGGCAAAAGCCUUAGAGGAGGAAGAAAGGCGGAAGGAGGAAGAGAGGCAGAAGGAGGAAGAGAAGCUGAAGAAGGAAAAAAAGGGCGUCUCUGUGAGGAAGCAACCUCCAAAACCAGAGAAGGAGAAAACCAAACCCUCAGAGAAGAAGGAAACCAAGCCCCCAGAGAAUAAAACUAAGCCUCCAGAGAAGGAAACCCAAGCCCCGGAGAAUAGGGAAACCAGACCCCCAGAAAAUAAGGAAACCCAAACCCCAGAGAAGAAGGAAUCCCAAGCCUUACAGAAGAAGGAAACCCAGGCCAUAGAGAAGAAGGAAACCAAAGCCCCAGAAAAGAAGGAAACCAAACCCCCAAAGAAGAUGGAAACCAAAAUCCCAGAGAAAUGGAAAUACAAAGCCCCAAAGAUGUGCAAAAUCACAAUCCCAAAGAAGGGGGAAGCCCAAGCCCUAAAGAAGGGGGAAGCCAAAGCCCCAAAGAAGGGGGAAAACAAAAUCCCAGAGGACCCAGCUGAGAUGGAGAAUAACUUGAUCCUGAGGUUUCAGAUCUAUGAGUCAUCGCAGCAGAACGUUGCACAGGUUUUCUCCUACUGGGACAGGGUUCAGGGUACUGUGCAGUUACCUGUGAUCCAAAAGGGAAACAAGUCCCAGUCUUCAGCUGAAAACAAAGGUCAGAAGACCAGUAAGCCCCAGGAGAAGGUGGAGAAGAAGCCUGAACAAAAAAGUGGAGACCAAAGGAGUCUUCAGUCAUCUCAGCUGGAUACACAAAGUGAAGUUGCAGAGGGGGCAGUCAGAGAAGAGCACGUUGGGGUGCCGUGCCUGGACAUCCAGGUCUCAGAUCCAAAGGCCAUGAUCAGAGAGAUCCUGAGGGAAGGGAAGCUGCCAACAGAAGAUGAGAUGCUGAAACAUGUGGGACUGCAUCCCGACGGCCCUCCCCUUCCCCCCGGUGGUGUGCUCUCCAUAGUGGAGUACCCAGAGGAGAGGUUGGGCUCUGCAGAGCGUGUGGAGCCCUUCACCAUUGUGGCACCUGAAGGUGCUGCUGUGGAAGACAAUCUGGCCAAGGCCCCACAAGCAAAGAGCAGUUCUGCCAAGGGCCGACCAAAGACAGGUAAAGCAGCCAGCAGAGACAGCUCUGCAAAGGAGAAGCACAUCUCCACACAGAGAACAGAAAGUCCCCGGGAUUCCUCUGCAACAAGAUCCAAAAGUACAUGGGAAAGUGCCUCAACCCCUACAGAAUUCCUCAGGCUGAAACGGUACCGGUGGAUAGUGCCUGCCCACGGUGAGGUGGAACUGAAGGUGCACUUCUCCGCCAAAAAGCCAGGGAAGUUUGAGCAGACACUGAGGUUUGAGCUCAUGCAGUCAAAGUGCCAGUACGAGCUGCCCUGCAGUGGCACCGGCCUGUACCCCAGCAUCUGCCAGAACCCACGGGUGGUGUUUCCACAGUGGAGGAAAACCAUGAAGGAAGAUGAAGUCAUCUUCAAGGAAUAUGUUGAGAGCACAAAGCAAUUCCACUUUGGACCACUGCUGUGUGGGAAAUCAAGAGAGUGGUACAAGGCCCAGAACUGUCCCAACAACUCAGAGAAUAUCACCAUCCUCAACAACUCCCCCAUGGACGUAAAGGUCAAGUUCUCCUUUAAGAAUGAUGGGAAGACAUUCCUUCUGGACCCUCCCAGCAUGACACUGAAACCAAAGGAGAAGCAGAAGCUGACCAUUUGGGCAUACCCCACUUCCCCUGGCUUCCUGGAAGACAAGCUCAUCUGCAGGAUUGGGAAGAACCCAGACCCAGUGGUCUUCAGCCUGUGCUGCCAUGGGGUGCACGUGAAGCUGGAGGUCAGCCCCCGGCAGCUGUAUUUUGACAAGCUGCUUCUGCACAGGACUGACAGCAGGACCUUGGUCCUGAGAAACAACACCCUGCUGCCCAUGGCCUGGCAGCUCAAUGGGCUGGAUGACCUUGUUGAGGACUUCUCCUUGUCACAAAAUAAUGGCACCAUUGAUCCCCACUCAGAGUUUGAAGUGACACUGCAAUUCAAGGCUGAGCAGAUUGGCAGCAUUGAGAAGACCCUCCGACUAGAGGUUUCAGAUACAGAAAACAUCCUGGGGAUUGUCCAGGCUGAAAACAUCAAAGUCUCUGCAGAGGUCUAUGAUGUCUCUCUGAGCAUCGACAUGCCUGAAGGUCCAGAUGGAAUCUUGGAAUUUGGAACCAUUAAUGUCCUGGAUAAUGUGAAGAAAGUCCUGAGUCUAAAGAACAAAGGGAGAUACAACAUUGAGUACAGUUUCACCGUGAAGGGUGCAGGUCCCAGGACACGAGAUGUGGCAUCCCACUUCACUGUUGCACCUCAGUCAGGCAUCCUGAUUGCCUCCCAGCCUGGUGUGAAUGUUGAGAUCCUCUUCCACCCCACAAGUGAGAUGCUCCUCAAGAACAGGCCCAUCCUGUACUGCCAGGUGAUAGAUGCCAGCUCAGGUGAAGGAGGCCAGGCUGUCGCCAUCAUCCCAGUGAAUGUGUCAGCAAAAGCUGUGUACAGCAAGUACAGCAUUGAGCCUGCCUCACCCAUCAACUUUGGAGCCAUGAUCAAGGGCACCAAGAAGACCCAGACUGUUGUGCUGGAGAACAAAGGCAUGCUCAACUUCAAAUUCUACAUCCGCCAAGCACCCGAGGAGACAUCUACAUCGGAAAGCAAAAGUUCAAAGCAAGGGGAAUCUGCUCCACUGGCUACAAAGCAAUCAACAGCAAGGAAACCAAGCUCCUUGACACAGAGUCACCUCAGUCUUGGCAUGUUCACGGUGUCGCCCUGCUCCGGCUCCAUCAGUCCGUGGGGCCAGCAGAAGAUCACAGUGGAAUGCCUCGCAGGGCAGGAGGGGACAUGUGAGGAGCAGCUCUACAUUGACAUCCCGGGCAGAGACCCCAAGGACAAUCCCCUCGGCAUUCCCUUCACCCUGACUGCCGAGUCCUGCCUCCCAGGAUUUGCUGAGGAUGUGAUGUUAAUCUUCGAGGAGUACCCGAUCUGCAGCAGCACCGACCUCAGCCGCAAGCUGCAGUCGGUGAAAGGCCUGGGCCUGUUCAUCAGAGAUGAGAACAAAUUCAUCUUCAACAAGGUUCUGGUUGGGCAAGAGGCUGAAGCUCAUUUCAGUAUCUACAGUGCAAGCAGUCUGCCAUGUGACGUGGUCCUCUCCAUCAAACCCCUGCCUGGAAAGGAACAAAUCCCUAUCAAAAACAUUUUCAAGUUGGAUCCAGUCAAGAUGUCCGUUCCUGGCUCAUCCUGUGCUGUUGCUACAGUGACCUUCACCCCACCAGAUGAGCAGAAUUACAACUGCACCUUCAAGGCUUCCCUUGUCAUCCCAAAAGGCUCUGUGAAAAUGAAGCCCCAAACGCUGACCUUCACCAUCAGCGGGCAGGCGCACGAGCCGCAGCUGACGGUCGUGCGCCCAAGCGCCCGCAGCAAGCGGGGAACGGCCGUGCUGCGCUUCCAGAGGCUCCGGGUGGGGCGCUCCGAGGUGCUGCCCCUGGUCAUCCGUAACGACGGCAUCACUCCUCUCAAGUUUAUGUUACGCCUGGAGCACGAGUACGGAGCGUUCUUCUUGAAAGGCAGGGACUCCACACUCAAGGUAUUCCACACUGAAGAUGUGGGAGAGGACUCCACUGGAAACGAGAGCAAGCCCACGAAGCCUUUCUUCCUUCUGCGUUGUGGGCAAUCGACAGAGUUUGAUGUCAUUUUCAAACCCACCCUGGCUCAACGUCUGGAAGGGAAGAUUCGUCUGUUGGUGGGGAACAUCUACUCUAACAAAGUCCUAGUAGAGCUGGUGGGUGAAGGCCACAAGGACAAAUUCACCCUCGUUGGACUAGAGGAAGACACCCGGGAGAGGAAUGCUAAGAGCAGUCUGAACAAAGACAUCAUUGAUGCUGUCAGAGUGAACCACAUGCAGUUUGGGGACUGUCCUGUCGGGAAGCCCUGCCGCAGGACCUUCACCAUGAGCAACCACACCCGUCACCAGUUCAUGCGCUUUGAGUGGGAGGCAGACGGCCCAUUCCAGUUGUCCCCCAAGGUGGGACACCUCCGUCCUCGCCGUGCCAAGGAGAUCACGGUGACCUUGAAAUCAGAUGUCCCAGCCACCUUCAGGAGGCACCUUGUGAAAUGUAAGGUGACCAAGAUCAACUUUGAGCUGCCACCAAGGAAGGUUCCUGACUGGGAUGACCAAAAGAUCACUAUCUCAUGGUGGAGUACCCCCAGCAAAGACUCGGCAGACAAAUCCCCUAAAAUAGAGAGGGUGGUCAAGGUAGCCCCGGAACCGGUCCACACUGUGGUGGAGGAGAGCAGCCAGGAGGUCGAGGUGUACCUCAGUGCUGUUGUUGGCUACACAGAGUUGAAGCUGAGCACGGUGGUGGUUCAGUUCAAGGAUACAUUGCCCUUCCACACAAGGACAGCCACUUUCAGCAUGCACAACACAGGGAAGGCAGCCCUGGAAUACUACUGGGAGGAACCUGCAGAUAAACCAGUGAAGAAGCCAUACUCAAUCACUCUGAUGCGUCGGUUCCUCUCCUAUCAAACUGUGAAGAAUCGCAGAAAGCUGCUGCGUCGUUACUGGCGGUACCUGGCCCGUCUUGCCAGGAUGCGUCCUAAAGUGCGGCCGCGGGAGCGGCGGCCUGACAAGAAUGAGCUGUUUAUGCGGUGGUGGUGCCGGCUGAUAGGGGUGGAUCCCAAGGAGCUGAUGGGUUCUAAAGUGCAGGAGGGUUCUGAGGAUCAGGACGGUUCCAAGAAGCGGAAGAAGGGUUCCAAGAAGAAGCAGCAGCAGGAUUCCGAGCAGCAACAGCAGCAGCAGGAUUCCAAGCAGCAGCAGCAGCAGCAGCAGCAGCAGGGUUCCAAGCAGCAGCAGUCUUCUGAGGAGGAGCAACUGGAUUCCAAGCAGAAGGGUUCCAAGAAGCGGAGCCACUCCAAGGAACAGCACGUCUCUGAGCAGCAGCAGCAGCCCUCUGAGCAGCAGAAGCAGCAGUCUUCUGAGGAGGAGCAGCUGGAUUCAAAGCAGAAGAAGGGUUCCAAGAAGCAGAGCCGCUCCAAGGAACAGCACCUCUCUCACCAACAGCUGCAGCAGCCCUCUGAGCAGCAGAAGCAGCAGUCUUCUGAGGAGGAGCAGCUGGAUUCCAAGCAGAAGAAGGGUUCCAAGAAGCAGAGCCGCUCCAAGGAACGGCACCUCUCUGAGCAGCAGCAAUCCCAGCAGCAGCCCGAGCAGCAGCCUGAGCAGCAGCCCUCUGAGCAGCCUGAGCAGCCCGAGCAGCAGCCUGAGCAGCAGCAGCAGCCCAAGAAGCCAGUCCCUUCCAAGAAGCGACGCCGCUCAAAGGAAAAGCACCUCUCUCUGAAGCACGUCACUUCCUCCAUGGAAAUCUUCCCAGAUUUCACUGAUGACCUGGCACUGUUCUCCAUCGACCCCUACCGUGGCACCCUUGCUCCUGGCCAGAAGCAGACCUUCCACGUGCGGUUCGCCCCGAAGUGCGCAGGGAAGUUUGAGACCACCAUGCUGUGCAGGAUUCCUAACCUGAGGCCAACUCAGAAGAAAGUGCGGGUGAUUUUGAAAGGCAGAGCCCGGGAGAAGAAGAGUUUUGGUAAACCGAAACGCUCUGCAUUACAGCAGAGAGAGGAUGGCCCGAGACCCAAGAAGCAGGUGCACUGGAAACCAGCACCUGAGUGACAGCACUGGUGCCAGCUGGAGCAUCUGGCAGCAGACAGCAACAUUGUGCCUUCUGCUGCUGAUGGUCUCCCACCCUUCACCAGAGACCUCUGCAGCUACCCUUCCAAGCUCCAGUGAACACCUCUGUUACCUAAGUUAACUAACUAACUGUUAGUUAAUUGUUAAUUAAACAAUGGCAAUAAUAA